CCCCCAGGCCGUCCCCGCUGCUGCCGCCAUGUCGCGAUUCUUCACCACCGGCUCCGACUCCGAGUCGGAAUCGUCGGCGUCCGGAGACGAAACCGCGCCCAAAGCGCCCGGGGGGCCCUACAGCAAGCCGCUGCUGCUGAGUGAGGAUGAGGAGGACACGAAACGCGUGGUGAGGAGCGCCCGCGACAAGAGGUACGAGGAGCUCACCAACCUGAUCCGCUCCAUCCGCAACGCCAUGAAGAUCCGCGACGUCAGCCGCUGCCUCGAGGAGUUUGAGCUGCUGGGCCGGGCGUGGACCAAGGCCAAGGGCGUGGUGGACCGGGAGGGCGUUCCCCGCUUCUACCUGCGCAUCCUGGCCGACCUCGAGGACUACCUCAACGAGCUGUGGGAGGACAAGGAGGGGAAGAAGAAAAUGAACAAAAACAACGCCAAAGCUCUGAGCUCUUUGAGGCAAAAACUGCGGAAAUACAACCGGGACUACGAGGGGCAGAUCGCGGCCUACCGGCAGAACCCCGAGCAGUCGGACGAGGACGAGGAGAAAAGCCGCAGGGAUUCCGAAGGCUCCGGUUCCUCCUCGGGGGCCGAGGACGAGGCCGGGAAUUUCCUGAAGCGCCGCGAGCGCGACGAGCCCCGGAGCCGCUACAAAGAGUCGGAGUCGGAGCCGGAGUCGGAGUCGGACGAGGACUGGGGAGACUCGGCCUCGGAGUCGGACUCGGAGUCGGACGAGGACGACGGGAAAUUCACCUCGCUGGCCUCCAAAUUCCUGAAAAAGGACGAGGAGCGGCGCGGGGCGGAGCGGCGGCGCGAGGAGAAGGCCAAGAAGAAGCUGGAGCGGAAAAGCCGCCGCGAGGAGGAGGAGGAGGAGGAGGAAGGCGGCGAGUGGGAGAAGGUCAAGGGCGGCGUCCCCCUCAUCAAGGAAAAGCCGAAAAUGUUCGCCAAGGGCACGGAGAUCACGGUGGGGCUGGUGAUGAAGAAACUCAACGAGAUCCUGCAGGCGCGGGGCAAGAAGGGCACCGACAGGUGGGCAGAAAAAGCCACAUUUCACCCCAAAAUUCACCCCAAAAUUCACCAAAAAUCCCCCAAAAUUCAUCUGAAAAUCCCCCAAAAUCCACCGGGAAUUACCCCAAAAUUCCAGGCAGAGCUGUGGCAGCGCUGCCUGGGCUGCAUCGAGGAGCUCCUGGAGCUGCUCUUCGCCCACCCCGAGAUCUUCGUGGGCGAGAACGUCCUGGAGGAGUCGGAGAACCUCAGCAACCCCGAGCAGCCGUUCCGGGUCCGCGGCUGCGUCCUGACCCUGGUGGAGCGCAUGGACGAGGAGUUCACCAAGAUCAUGCAGAACACCGACCCCCACUCCCAGGAGUACGUGGAGCACCUGAAGGACGAGGCGCGCGUCUGCGGCAUCAUCGCGCGGCUGCAGCGUUACCUGCAGGCCAAGGGCAGCCCCGAGGAGCUGUGCCGCGUCUACCUGCUGCGCGUCCUCCACACCUACUACAAGUUCGACUACGCCGCCGCCCGCCGCCGCGCCGGCCAGGUGAGGCCCGGCCAGGUGAGGCCCGGCCAGGUGAGGCCCGAGGGCCAGGAGAAGGAGGACGGCCAGGAGAAGGAGGAGAAGGACGCGCAGGUGAAGGUGGAGGAGGAGAAGAAGGAGGAGGAGGAGGAGGAGGAUGAAGAUUCGGAGGCGCUGAUGGAGAGGUUGUGCAGGUGAGGGGGGUGAAGGUGGGGGCGCACCUGGACGCACCUGGAUGGGGUCAGGGCACACCUGGAUGGGGUGGGGCACACCUGGACACACCUGGAUGGGGUCAGGGCACACCUGGAUGGGGUUAGGGCACACCUGGACACACCUGCGCAGAUCCUCUACAACCGCACCAUGGUCCAGCUGGGCAUCUGCGCCUUCCGGCAGGGCCUGAUCAAGGACGCCCACAACGCCCUGCUGGACAUCCAGAGCUCCGGGCGCGCCAAGGAGCUCCUGGGCCAGGGUCUUCUCCUGCGCAGCCUCCAGGAGCGCAACGCCGAGCAGGAGAAGGUGGAGAAGCGGCGCCAGGUGCCCUUCCACAUGCACGUCAACCUGGAGCUCCUCGAGUGCGUCUACCUGGUGGCCGCCAUGCUGCUGGAGAUCCCCUACAUGGCGGCGCACGAGUUCGACGCCCGCCGCCGCAUGAUCAGCAAGCAGUUCCACCACCAGCUGCGCGUGGGCGAGAGGCAGCCGCUGCUGGGCCCCCCCGAGUCGAUGCGCGAGCACGUGGUGGCCGCCUCCAAGGCCAUGAAGACGGGCGACUGGCGGCGCUGCCACCGCUUCGUGGUCAACGAGAAGAUGAACGGCAAGGUGUGGGACCUGUUCCCCGAGGCCGACCAGGUGCGCGCCAUGCUCGUCAGGAAGAUCCAGGAGGAAUCUCUCCGCACGUACCUGUUCACCUACAGCAGCGUCUACGACUCCAUCAGCAUGGAGACGCUGGCGGCCAUGUUCGAGCUGGAGCUGCCCACGGUGCACGGCAUCAUCAGCAAGAUGAUCAUCAACGAGGAGCUGAUGGCCUCGCUGGACCAGCCCACGGCCACGGUGAUGAUGCACCGCACGGAGCCGACGGCCACGCAGAACCUGGCGCUGCAGCUGGCCGAGAAGUUGGGCAACCUGGUGGAGAACAACGAGCGGGUGCUGGACCAGCGGCAGGGCGCCUACGGGGGGUACUUCCGAGACCAGAAAGAUGGCGGAUACCGCAAGGGCGACGGGUACCUGCGGCGGGGCGGCUUCCGGCAGGAGCGCGGCAACUACUGACCCACACCUGGCCCUCACCUGAGCCUCACCUGAGCCUCACCUGCCCCAUGGAUCCCAAAUCUGCCCCAUGGAUCCCAAAUCUGCCCCACGAAUCCCAAAUCUGCCCCACGGAUCCCAAAUCUGCCCCAUGAGUCCCUCACCUGCCCCAUGGAUCCCUCCCCUGUUCCAUCGAGGGUCCCGCAGCUGGAAAUGAAUAAAUUAAUUAUUAAAGAGCGUGU